AUGAAGGCCUUCUUCUUCCUCGCCCUCCUGGCCCCCGUCCUCGCCAUGCCUGCAAACCAAGGCUGCAACAUUGGCAAAGCCUCCGCAGUCACCGGCGGCGCUGCCGCCAACUCCACCUGCACAAUGACAAAAGCCCACUUGGAAAAAGGCAUCCAACACAACCUCAAAAUCCAAGCCCAAGAGCUCCAAGGCAUCCAAACCCUCCAAUCCCAACUCGACACCCCAGCCUUCAACACCACGCAAACCGCCGUCCUGGCCAUCCAACAACGCGGCAUCGACAUCCGCGCCAAGAACCAGAAACUCGCAAAGAAAAUCUCCAGCCCGGCGCUCGACGGGCUCAACAUUGUCGAGGGCGCGCAGGUUAAGGAAAAGGAUCAGGUUACGGGCUUGAAGGGCCAGAAGGCGACGGAUAAGGAUACGUUGGAUACGCUGGUCAAGGAGGUCAUGGAUGGAACGGCGCAGAAUAAGAAGAAUCUUGAGGCGGCGAGGGGGCAGAAGUGUUAG